GGUCACCUUAACCCUUUUUUUCUCCCAAAUAGCAACGUUAGUGUCCCGAGUAACACAGUGCAGUCAAUACAGUCAAGUUACAAUCCCUUUGAAGAUGAAGAAGAUUCUGGAAGUACUGUCAGUGAAAAGGAGGACAAUAAAAUCAAAAAUGUUAGCAGCUAUGAGAAAAACCAGAGUUUGGGGACUGAAUGGUCCGAUGAAGAAACCAACAAUCCAUUUUCAUCCAAUGAUGGCCAAGGAGAAUCUAAUCCAUUUGAUGAAGAUGUUUCCCCUACAAUGGAAGUGAGAGUACGAGCCCUCUAUGAUUAUGAAGGCCAAGAACAUGAUGAAUUGAGCUUUAAGAUUGGCGAAGAGCUAACUAAAAUAGAAGAUGAAGAUGAACAAGGAUGGUGCAAAGGUCGUCUGGACAAUGGAAAAGUUGGGCUGUAUCCUGCAAAUUAUGUAGAACCAAUCCAGUGACAAAUAAUUCUGAACGUGAUAUAAUAACAAUCAGUCAACAUGAUGCCUGUGGUUCAUUAUAAGAGGAACUGAAAUAUAGCUAUUGAUCUAUCUAUAUAUCUUUUAAUGCAAUUAAAUUGAUUGGUUCCUCUGUUCCUUCAGCAAUCUCCAAUGCUUCAGGCUGAAACCUAGGAAAAGGUUGGCAUCUUAAAGAUAGCAGAAAGUCAGCAAGAAAAUGACAGCAUUCAUUUUUAUCCUAUUUUAUGAUGACUGUUUUUAUUUUGCUCCAAAAUUUGCUAAAUCAGUGCCUCGUUUCCUUUAUUUUUGGAUGUUACCUUAAGACCAGUUUUGUUCAAUCAGUAAUGACUUGAUCUUUGUAAUCUGUAAUUUAGUUUUUUAACUGCAACGCUGCAUUUGUUAGUAAUCUGUGAAAAAAUGCAUUUUUAAAAGUUAUGUAGCAAUUCAUUUUUCAUGCAUGGUUUACUACUUCAUUAGCUGUUACAUAAAUAAUGAUUCAGAAGUAUUGUCCUCUCAAUCCUGUACUCUUUUUUUUUCAUGCUGUCAGCACGGCUUAAUAGUGUAAAAUGCCAUAUAUACUACAGUAUCUAUUGUAACAAUUCCACUAGAAUUAUCUGCAAAUAUUAAGGAUUCGUUUUUCUUGGUGAAUAUUAUUUUGACACUUGAAAUCUCAAUUUCCUAAAGGACAACAUCAUGUACAUUUUAAAGAUUUCCCCAUAUUUGAAGAAUGUCAUUAUAAAAACAAUAUGAAAUUAUAAAAUUUGCAAUCUGUAAAUUAAUGAUUUUAUGUGAUUUGGAAAGUUUAAACGUAAGGUUUAUUUUUUCAAGCCAGAGACUUAAAACAUACUGCCUUUUUACUGAUAUGCUCUUUAAGUUGUCUAUAUGUAUAUAUAAUUUGAUAUUAAAAUUAAGGAGCAUGUGUUAAUUAGAAAAUCUAUUGUAUAUGCAUUAGAUUUCAGAUUGAAUCUGACACCAGAAUAUCAAUGUUGUAUUAACUUCAGUGGAAAGUUAACAGCAGCUUUUAAAGUAAGCCAAGCAACUUAAAAUGCAGGCAUAUUUAAAUUUGCUAUGUUUCAUACAUACACACAGGUAUAAGAUAGAAGGCUUAGCUGUGCCCCAUCCUGUAUACUGUGAAUAUAGCUUUCCUCUUAAGGUAUAAAAACUCAGUUUCCCCUUCCAUAUUAUAUUAUAAUCACCUGUAGUUAUCAUUCCAUCAGUGCCUACCCCCAAACGUCUGCAUGAACUCUCUCACAUCCACUCUUGCAAGAAUAUGAGUUUGUCCUCCCUUUGUUAUAGCAGAACUCCUUAUUGUAAUUGGCACUGGGACCACAGGGAUUAAGAGUUCAUUGUGUACCUUUGGACUCUUGACAGGAAAUGCAUCCAAAGCACACUAAAGUAAAACAAAAGUAUACUGUGAUCUAAGUCCUUAAAUGAUAAUAUUGGGGUUUCAUUCUGAAGAUCUAUAAUUGUUAAUUAAAAUGUGAUUCCAAAUGCAAGGUUAACAUUAAUCCAAUGUAGAUUGUUGUAGUAAAACACUGUAAAAACGUGGUUGGUUUGCGGAUCAGCUGUAGAAGUGUCAGGCUCUAUAGAUUAGCAGGCAAUUUAAACAGCAAAAUUGUGAACUUGUUUAAAAUGUUGCUUUAUAGAAAACUUAGAACUUAACAGAUAAGUAGAAAUGAUGUUUUAGGGAAUCGCACUGUAAUUGAAAUGAUAGUUGAAACUGAAAAUGCUGUAAGUGCUUCCUGACUAUUCCAUUUGUCUGUGGAAAUUUACAUAUUUAUUAAUAUUGAAGAUUAAUUAUAUUAAGUGGGUAUUCGAUCUCUGUCAUGUUGGUAUUCCAGCAUAAUUGUUCAGAAAUGGAAAAUUUUGAAUAAAUGGUCAAGAAUUAGUC